CGCGGGCUGGAGAAGAGACACCGGAGCCCGGCGCUGUGCCGCACGCGGCCGACUUGGAUUGUCGUUAGAUGAAAUUUAAUUGAACCGGGAGCCAUAAAUCUGUGAACCUCCGGGGGCCGAUUAUAAGCAUUUGUGCGUGUGUGUGUGUGUUCACUCUCAGAGGAAGUGAACAAAAUAACGGAUGCCUGAUUCUUUCGUACUCUUAAGUACCCAGAGGCAGUGUGGAGGAGUGUACAUCAGAGGAAGCCAAAAGCCAGCUGGAAUAGUUCCUGCAUGCAGUUUUAAUCUUGUUUGCAAUAAUUUUGAAGGGGAGAAACCAUCUGGAUCCAGAGAUGUGUAGCUACACAGGUAGCAGGGACUAGAAUUAAGAUGCUCUGGUUUCAAGGAAAUAGCAUGCAGCUUGCCAGAUACUCCUUUCGACUCCUCUUGAGAAAUCUCUCUGCCUCCAAGACUGCUCUGCCUGUGCUGACCUUAUUCACAAAGGAUCCAUGCCCUCUUUGUGAUGAAGCCAAGGAAGUACUGGAGCCUUAUAAAAACAGGUUUAUUUUACAGGAGGUGGACAUCACACUUCCAGAGAACUCUGCUUGGUAUGAAAAGUAUAAAUUUGAUAUCCCCGUCUUUCAUUUGAAUGGCGAGUUUCUGAUGAUGCAUCGAGUAAACAUCUCAAAACUUGAAAAACAGCUCCAGAAACUUGAGCAGCAAGUUGGGGGAGGCUGAUAAACGCCCUCAUGACUUUCUACCCUCUCUGUCCAGAACGCGUUUUCCUAAGGAAAUGACCGUGGUCUCAUACUCCUUUUGUCACUUUCAUACAGCUCUAUGGAGGUUCUGAACACAACAUUACCAAAUAAAUGGUGGCAUUCCUUUUCUUAUUAAUGGAAGUACCAAUAACAAAACAGUGAGAACUGUUUACCUGUUGGCAUUUUAUAAAAUAAGAGGAGUGUAUUGGCAGGGAGGGGAUGAUGGAGGGCAGGAGAAAUCCACUUGUUUUAUUUAUUUUUCUCUUUUGUACUAAUAUGGAAGCAUUUCACAUUCACUGGACAGAGCCAUUUGUACGAAGAAGGCUCUGUGUCCCUGCUGCUGCCCUAAGGGCUUAACUUUUUAAUGAAAGAAUAAAUGUUCUUCCACUUGGUAGAUAAAGUGAAAUGUGAACUGUAAAUAGCAGCACACAGUCAAUAAAGGGAUGUUUUAACAAAUAUAUCUGUAUGAAGUCUAUUUCAGGGGAAUUUAAUAAUACCUGUUUAAAAUUAGAGCUCUCUUUUUUUUUGGGGGGGGUGGUAGAAGAGAAUAAUUAUCCUAACUGAAGGAGCUUUAUCUGAGAAAAACAAAAGACUUAAACCCCCAAAUGUAUCUAAGAAUCUCAGUAUGUUUCACACGUAGUCACUGAAUUGAUUUGUAAUAUCUGAGUACUAUCUUUGAUAGUUCUUCAGUUAUCAUCAGUAGAAUUAAUUCAGCUUAUUUUAAGACAGUAGUUUUAUAAGGUUUUAAUAUCUUGGGGAAAUUCAUGUCUUACCAGAACUGAACAGAUGUGUCAUCUAAAGACAAAAUAUUCUUCACCAUUUUAUGUAAAGUAUUAAAAAUAUAGUUGCAUACUCUUAUUUAUAUCUAGUCAGGUUUAGCCAAUAGAGAUAUGGAUUCAUUUAAAAACAAAACUGCCUUUUUCUCCUAAUAUCACAUCACUGCAAUUUCAUCCAUAAUGAAAUGCUUUUGUUAACUAUUUCAAUGAAUUUGGAUAUUAUGAGUCACUUGCCUAGAUUUUAAUUUUAUCAGUAUGAAUUAGUCUUAGAAAUUAUAGGAUUUUAGAUCUGCCAAACUUAGACAUUGUCUAGUCCCACCUCCCUCAUUUUAUACAUGCAGAGGAAUGUGACAUUCAGAAACUUAGCCUAAGGUCACACAGUCAGCCAGCUGUCAGACCAGGUCUUGCUAUCCACCGCAAAUUUUUAAUACUACCUGGGCUCACUGUGGGGGCCUUAUAUUAUUUCACAUAAAGCACAAAAAGCAUCUUUAACCAACACAAAUAAAGAAUGAACUUUAAAAGCCUUCCACAGUGACAAUAGAAAAAAAAUCUUACAAUUGAAUAGUUGUGUUUCUAAUUUAUAAAUUUCUGGAACACAUCUUAUUUGAUUUUAUAAAUAUUCAUUGAGUCCUGUGGUAGACAAAAUUCUAGGAUGAUCCCCAUGAACCAUCACCCUUGAAUUCUGCCCACUUUGAGGACAGAAUGAAAUAUCCCUGCUGUAAUUAUGUUACAUUACCUGGCAAAAGGAUAAUUAUCCAGGGUGGGCCUGAUCUAAAUGGGUGAACCCUUUAAAAGCAAAGAGUUCUCUCUGGCUGCCUAUGGAGGAGGAAAUCAAAGAGAUGUGCUCCAGCUAGCCUGGAAGGAAGCAAACAUCAAUGCUGUGAACUGCCCAGUGGGGCCACAAGGCAAGAAACUGUGGGCAACCUCUAGGAGCUGACAGUAGUUCUUGGCCAGCAGCUAACAGGAAAAUGGGGUCAUCAGUCCUAUAGCUUCAAGGAGAUAAACAAUUGGUGUCAACAACUGGUGAGCCUAGAAGAUCCUGAGCCCCAGAUGAGAACCACAGGCCUGGUUAACACCCUGAGUUCUGCUCAGUGAGACUGAUCAGAGAAUCCAGCCACACCAUGCCCAGACCUCUAAUUGCAAACGCUGUGAAAUAAUAAAUGUGUGUUGCUUCAAA